CUCGCGAUAGCGGCACAGAGCGGAAACGGAAGUCAGUCUUUGUUAAAGAUGGCAACCCCCUAUGUGACAGAUGAAUCUGGUAAAUAUAUCGCCGCCACACAGCGGCCGGACGGCACGUGGAGGAAACCGCGGCGGGUGAAGGACGGAUACGUUCCGCAGGAGGAGGUACCGGUGUAUGAGAACAAGUACGUGAAGUUCUUCAAGAGCAAACCCGACCUGCCACCCGGCAUGAACCCCGAGGACGCGGCUCAGGCCCGACAGCAGCAGCAGAGUGGAGCCGAGAAACAGAGCGACACUGCCGGACUCUCCAAAACGGCCAAACGCAACAUGAAGCGCAAAGAAAAGCGCAAACAGCAAAGCCAGCAGCAGCAGGAGACUGCCGAGGAUGCUAAGGCCUUGAGUAAGGAGCUGGACGGGAUGAAAGUCACGGCAGAGGAGGAGAAGAGGGUGAGCGCUGAGCCUGAAGCAGCGGAUCCGAUGGCCGCGGAGAAAGCUAAGAAGAUGAAGAACCUGCGGAAGAAGCUGCGGCAGGUGGAGGAGCUCCAGCAGAAGGUGGAUUCGGGAGAGCUGAAGAACCCCAGCAAGGAGCAGCUAGACAAACUGGGCCGGGCCCAGGCCUUACGGGAGGAGCUUGAGCUGCUGGAAGGCGAUUUGUGAGGUCGCUCCGAGACCCAAUCGUGUCAUGUUGGGGUGUGUUUGUACAUUGGUCAAAGCUGUAACCACUUCAUUCUUGUGUUUUAUACAUCAUGAAGACACGUGACGGCAUCUUGCGCUCUGGACUCUCGAUGCGGUUCGUCCAGAACCCGCACAAGCGCAGAUGAUUCCCACUCUUUGUAAUCGUGUCAUCCGGACGGAGGGCCGUGCGACUCUCUCUGUGCUAGAUUAGAAAGACUGAUGAACUACAGGUCCAUGGUGUCAUCAUUUUUUACCACCGUAGUGCAUAAUGGCAUGAAGUAAUAAUGUGUAGAAUUGUGUUAUAUUAAACAUAGCAUAACAAUCUUCCUGUUUCACGUCCCUGUCUCAUCCACAGUGUAGAAAACAGUUGAUCUGGUAGGGCUGUGCAAUUUAUAUCAAGUGAUCGAGCGUGUCAUGAAACACAAACAAAAACAGGCCUUGAUAGUGCGCACUUUGACUGUGUGACUGUGCAGCUGAAAUGACCUGAAAAAUGCCUCUGUGUGAAUUUGUGUCUUAUAUUUCUACAUGACAUAAUCAGUAUCCCUUGAGCAGACGUGAUGUUUCAGAUGUCAGCGUGAUCGCAAAUGUAAUAGUGUCUGUUUUUGCUGUUUGAGCAACACAUCAUUCCAAACAAAAGCGUAAGCGAGCAACAGCUGCAGAGUUACAGUAGUGUUUCAUUAUGUACAAAGUGAAUCCAGUUUUUUGAGCAAAUCAAUGAUUUAAUAAUCCAUUCAUAACUACAGUCACUUGCCUUUUUCCUGAAUAAAUCAACUGUUUCAGAUUGGUUCAAUUUAGUGACUCACUCAUUAAAGGAUUACUCCACUUCCAAAAUAAAAAAUUCCUAAUAAUUUACUCACCCCCUUGUCAAGAUGUUCAUGACUUUCUUCAGCUGCAAAGAAAUUACGUUUUUUGGGGAAAACAUUCCAGUAUUUUUCUCAAUAUAGUGGACUUCAGUGGUGCUCAAGGGAUAGAAGGUUAAAAUGCAGAUUAAAUGCAGCUUCAAAGGACUCUAAACAAUCCCAGCCGAGGAAGAAGGGUCUUAUCUAGUGAAAUGAUCGGUUAUUGUCUAGCUCUGCGUUAGCUCUGCGUAAACUCUGUGUAUUCUGGUUCAGUACAGUUAAGGUAUGUUAAAAAACUCCCAUCUCAUUUUCUCCUCCAACUUCAAAAUCGUCCUACAUUGCUGCAGAAGUACUGACCCAGUGUUUACAAAGUGAACAUGCAAAGAAGAUCAAACACCCUUUACAAAAGAAGGUAAAACAGCGAUGUAGGACGAUUUUAAAGUUGGAAGAGAAAAUGAGAUGGGAGUUUUUCGACAUACCCUAACUGGACUAAACCAGAAUACACAGUGUUUACGCAUGCACAUCGCAGAGCUAGACUAGAUGAGCAUUUUUUGUUAAAAAGUGUAUAAAUAUUUAUUUAAGAAAACGGCCGAUUGUUUCACUAGAUAAGACCCUUAAUUAACGGCUGACAUGAAUAUCUUGGAUGACAUGGGGGUGAGUAAAUUAUCAGGAAAGUUUUAAUUCUGAAAGUAGAGUAGUCCUUUAACAUACUGACUUGCGUUUUUUGUUUUAAUUAUUAAGGUAUCCUUUAUAAAAUUUCAUUUUAUUAAUUUAAAUAGUAUUUUAAGAACAUUAACCUUAGCAUUAUUUAUGCAUUUGUAAUUUCAGUGUAAAGUGUAAUUUCAUCAGAUGCAGUUGCAUUGAUUUUACUGAUACUAAUUUCAUUUGAUCAGUAACAGCUUAUAGUGUCUUCUUAUUCUAAUUGAAUUUAUUGAAUAAAUGUAAGAAUUUGACAUAAAAGUUGAUGCAUACAGGUGCAUCUCAAUAAAUUAUAAUGUCGUGGAAAAGUUCAUUUAUUUCAGUAAUUCAACUCAAAUUGUGAAACUCAUGUAUUAAAUAAAUUCAGUGCACACAGA